AUGAAUCAAGUGAUGUUGGUGCCCUUUGUCGUUUUGUCCAGCAUCCUGCUGCUGUCAGCUCCCAUUGCUGUUGACACUGCAGAUGCCUGUAACGGUAAUUCUAAUUCAUCAGAUUGCUGUAGCAAUGCUGGCUGUGGAUGGUUUCAGUGUAAAGAUGAUAGCAGUGAACAAGUCUCAACUUGUCUGAACCUCACUGAUUCGGAUGCCAUCAAUAAGACAUGUUCAGGCAGUACUGAUAAAGCUGACUUCAAGAGCAAAUGUUCUGAUGCACCUACCAUCAGCUGUAAAGACCGAAACAACGAUACAUGUUGUAAUUCUGGAAAAGAUUUCGGAUGUGGCUUGUUCACAUGUGGAGGAGAACAACGCUGCUGGAACUUGUCCGAUUAUGAUGGAUUUAAUGCUAGUUGUACAACUGACAAUAAAACAGCAGAUCAGACAAAUAUGUGUGAAUCACUUCCAGUUACCUGUGGUAGUUACAAUACCAGCUCGGACUGCUGUUCUUCCAAUGAAGUUGUGUGUGGCUGGUUUCAGUGUGAAGGUGAUGGUAAACUGAUCGAUGGGGGAGCAUGUUUCACUAACUCUUCAGUCAACCCACUCAACUGUACUGCUCCAAAAACACAGCGGGAUACAUGUAAGGACACGCCCACACCAACACCAGCUCCUGUCGAUUUUGGACAGAUGUCAAAGGUCAAGUACAUCCGCCGCUAUGUCAGAGUAUAA